ACCAUUAAAAACUACACUGUCAAAACUGAGCAAUCAAGAUCUCCUCCUUUUUUGUAGCCAGGUGGGUGGUACUCUUGAACUGCAGCGCGAAAGCCCACUGUUGGCCGAGUGGCAUGGGACCACGAUGGGACGUCCUGAUGAGGACUGUGGCUCUGUUUGCUAUUCUCCUAGUACAAAACAUGGAUCAGAGGUGGCCGGUUUCCAGCCACAAUCAAAGCAGGGCUUCUUGAAGGACUGCCUCUCCACAUUCUCAAAAAAGGGAACUCCUCCUUCUCUACAGUAUACCCACUCCUAUCCUCAGAACUCCCUGGUGUCAUCGUCAUCCCGCUUUUUCAGGCAGAAACCAAGUCAAGAGGAUCCCUCAAUAGAGACUGUCAAUCACGAGAAGGAUAAUUUCACAUCCCGAUGCAGGGGAGAAGACGGGCUGAAGGAGUAUAAUCAAUGGCAGCAGCAGACCCAUAAUCAUUUCAAGAUUAAAGAGCAUAACCUACCACCAGUCUCAACUACUGAAAGAACAGAACCUUCGCUCAAUAUACCUCUGAAUAGCAAUGAGUCAAGUAAAGUUAGGCAGCUCUUGGUUUUGUCUCAAUCUCAGGACCAACAGCAACUUCCCUUAGAUACGCAACACCAAUGGAUCCUAGGAAACGGUUUACCUAGCUACUGUGCCAAUGAGUGUGGAGUACAUUGUGGAAGCCAACAACCUUACUUAAACCAGCAACUACAGCAACACCCUCAAAGGCAGCAUUGUUGUGAACAUCUUAGCACCCUAAAAUGCCAUCAGUGUUCUCUCUACCCAUCCAGCAGCAGCCCGCGAGUGAAGAAUUCAUUCCCGGCUACUAGCGACAAAAGCAGUGUUCACUCCUCUUCCAGUAGCCAGCGGUGGCCGGAGAACCAUCAACUAGAGGGAGAAGGGCAACGACAAGGGGAGCAACAGGUACAUCCUCAUACCAAAAAGGUUGGCCAUGUUGGUUCAACGCCUUCCCUGUCCAAGAGCAGUAGCCCACUCCCUCCCGACACAGUUGUAACAAGCGCUAAAUACAAUGGGGAUGUUGGGAGACCCCUGAGCAGCCUAGGAGCUUCGCCACCCAACCUUUCAGAGCUGGACUCAGUGAGACAAGAGCCCCUCCAGACUCUCCACAGGUCCGUCCUGGAGGAGGUGUUCUCCAAAGGCCUCAGUGAGGACAAUAGUAAGGCCAACAGCGAGGGAGGAGGAGACGCGCCACAGAAGAGGACUAAGGACAUUGGCUACAGAUUGGGCCAGCGUAGAGCACUAUUUGGAAAGCGCAAACAGUUGAGCGACUAUGCUUUGAUCUUUGGGAUGUUUGGGAUUGUUGUCAUGGUGAUGGAGACGGAACUGUCCUGGGGGGUUUACACGAAGGAAUCCUCAUACUCAUUCGCUCUGAAAUGCCUUGUCAGCCUUUCAACUGCUGUAUUGCUUGGCCUCAUUGUGAUGUACCAUGCACGGGAAAUACAGCUUUUCAUGGUGGACAAUGCAGCUGAUGACUGGAGGAUUGCUAUGACGUAUGAGCGGAUCUUUCUGGUUGUGCUGGAGCUGCUGGUCUGUGCCAUCCACCCCAUUCCGGGCCAGUACAUCUUCACCUGGACAGCCCGGCUGGCCUUCACCUACACACCCUCAUUGACCAAUGCCGACGUGGACCUCGUCCUCUCCAUCCCCAUGUUCCUCAGGCUCUACCUAAUCGGUCGCGUCAUGCUGCUGCACAGCAAGCUUUUCACGGACGCCUCAUCGCGCAGCAUCGGCGCCCUCAAUAAGAUCAACUUCAACACGCGGUUCGUCAUGAAGACACUCAUGACCAUCUGCCCCGGCACGGUGCUGCUGGUCUUCAGUGUCUCUUGUUGGAUCAUCGCGGCGUGGACGGUGCGUGUAUGUGAGAGGUACAGGCCCCAGACACAGUAUCAUGACGCACAGGAAGUGACCAAUAACUUCCUUGGGGCCAUGUGGCUCAUCUCUAUCACCUUUCUCUCCAUUGGUUAUGGAGACAUGGUCCCUCACACUUACUGUGGAAAGGGUGUGUGUCUGCUGACUGGAAUCAUGGGGGCUGGCUGCACUGCCCUGGUGGUUGCUGUAGUUGCCAGGAAGUCUGAGUUGACCAGAGCUGAGAAGCAUGUUCACAACUUCAUGAUGGACACUCAGCUCUAUAAACGAGUGAAAAACACAGCUGCCAAUGUACUCAGAGAGACAUGGCUUAUCUACAAACACACCAAGUUAGUCAAGAAGAUCGAUCACGCCAGGGUACGCAAACAUCAGCGGAAAUUUCUGCAAGCCAUUCACCAACUGCGCAGAGUCAAACUGGAACAGAUGAAACUCACCGACCAGGCUAACACACUUGUGGAUCUAGCCAAGACUCAGAACAUGAUGUACGACCUGGUGUCUGACCUGCAGCUGCGCAGCGAGGAGCUGGAUAGGAGGAUUGGUAGUUUGGACGACAAACUGGACUCCAUCCUAGUCAAUCUGCAGGCCCUACCCAGCCUGCUCUCCCAGGCGGUCACACAGCAGCACAAGGACUUCCUGGAUGGCUUGGCCCACCGUGUACGGAAAGCCUCGUCGGAAUCUGAGCUUCACUGGGUUCCCGCUAGGUGCCAACGGUCCCUUUCCACUGCACCACAAACAAUACCUUACAGCUGACAGCCUAGCCACAUUGCCACUAUUGUGACCUUAAAUUAUGUAUUUAAUAAUGUAUCUCAUACUACCCCAGGGACAGGGAUAUUUUAUCCUCUGACAAUGAAUUUGAGCAUGGUUAUAUCUCUCCAGCCCCAUCCCUCAGCUGUUUACUAAAAGAAGUAGCGGGUGGCGGUUUGUUGUUUUCCAAAUCUUGGAUUGCCAGUCUGUGAACUUAGGCCAU